AGUGCGUCCGCGGCGGUGGCGGCGGUGCCCACGCCCGCGAGCGCGGACGACGGCGCCGCCGAGCAGCCCGCAGACUCGUCCGCCGAGCCCGCCACGCCCGCCGCGGUCGCUGCCGACGCUCCCGCCGCAGCGCUUGCCGCUGGCACGGAGGUGCCGAAGGCGCUGGACCCCGCCGCGAGCGCGGACGCGGGGGAGCCGGCGUCCAAGCACGGCGAGGUGCCGAAGGCGCUGGACCCCGCCGCGAGCGCGGACGCGGGGGAGCCGGCGUCCAAGCACGGCGAGGUGCCGAAGGCGCCGGACCCCGCCGCGAGCGCGGACGCGGGGGAGCCGGCGUCCAAGCACGGCGAGGUGCCGAAGGCGCCGGACCCCGCCGCGAGCGCGGACGCGGGGGAGCCGGCGUCCAAGUGCGGCGAGGUACCGAAGGCGCUGGACCCCGCCGCGAGCGCGGACGCGGGGGAGCCGGCGUCCAAGCACGGCGAGGUGCCGAAGGCCGCAGAGGAACUGCCCGGCACGGGCGCGGGCCCGCUGGAGCCGGCGCCCGAGCACGGCAAAGCGUCCGAGGCCUCGCUCGGCGCGGCGGAGGCCGGCCGCGCCCCGAGCGCCGCGGCGGCCCCCGGCGCCUACAUGGCGCGGCGGGCGGCAGCGCGGCUGGUGGUGCAGUCCACCGAGCUCCCGGAGGCCGGCGGGGAGUACAAGCUGCUGCCCGGGAGCGGCCCCGGCGGGCGCCCAGCGUGGGUGCAGGGCGCCAACGCGAAGGGCAAGGAGGCAGUCUGCCUCUACUGGUCGGAGGAGAACGGACACCCUGCGACCUUCGGGCGCGGCCUGGCCCACCCCGCCGAGGGCACGGACGGCGCCGCGCCGCGCCAGGGGGCGCUCGCCCGCAGCGUGCAGGUGGUGUGGACGGCCCUGCCAGAGGAGCUCCACUCGACGAAGUGGCAGACGGGUGCUGGCAGCGUCGUGCCCAUCACAGUGAUGCGGGUGUGAAUUCCUGGACGGCUGGCCCCGUCGGCUUGGGUUUGCCGACUGGGCCACCUCCAGGUGGCUUCGCGGCCAGGGCUGUGCAGUCCAGGCUGCGGGAGAGGGAGCAGCUGCGCAGGGACUGGACUGGCGGCUGCAGCGACAGUCUUCCAGCACAGCUCGUGAGGGGAGACCGCGAUGGAGGGCGCGAGUGCGGGAGAA